UUGGCCUUGGGACGUUGGGUAUGACUCCUGCUCCGAGCCAUCGGAGAAAACAGCGUCGAGAGAAGGUGACAGGACUCAGAACGACUCUGAUGACAGAGAGGGGUUUUGCGAAGGAUGAAUUGGGCAAGAGACACCAAAGUUUCACAGAAGAGAUUUCGUGCCUUUCAAGUUUUAUGAGGUUGAAAAGUUGAGCCAUGUUGCAUCGGAUGGAGAGUCGCUCGAGCUGAGGGAUCCUGUAAAAACCGUGCGGUACGAACUCAAGCCUAGCUUGAGGGUGGAAUCCGCAGUUGGAUGGUUGGACUUUAUUGCCAUGACGAGUGCAUGCUGCCCUCACUGAGCGGUUUACCGUGAUCAUUGCCCAUUAGCUUGUGACCAAUCGAUCGACAGUGUGACCGUCCGAAACAACGUCAUUGUACUCUAGCGAACACUAUUCGACCGUACAGGACUACUAUUUCUACUACCGGUAUACCAGCCUUUGGGUACCACCAGCCACUAUUUCUCCAACAGCAGGGGAAAGCCCGGGCAAACCAUGGGCGCAGGAGCCAGUGUGCGUCGGAAGAUGGAGGCGGAGCGGGAGCAUUAUGAUGAGCAAGUCAAGACCGUGUCGGAGAAGCUCAGUAAACGAGAGGAAGAGCACGCAGCGGAGACGAACAAGCUUAGGACGGAGAACGCAUCACUGAAGGAGAACAUCAAGCAGCUUCGAACCGAUCUCGUUGAGGAACGAGAGCUCUGGAGGCAGGAGAGGGAAAAGACCGUGUCAAUGAUGUUUGGUCAACUGCCGCUGCCGCUGCUAGAAGCGGCGACUGGUCAAGCGGCGCGCAGCAAGGACACAUCCACGGCUGUGUUGUUACAGAAUGCACCCGUUCUCACCAAGACGUAUCCCACUGCUGUCAUUGCAUGCUGCAAUGUCGUUGGCUUUCAUCGCCUGGUCGGGAACAUGUCAGCAUCGGAGGCGGUAGAUCUGACAGACAAGCUGCAUAUUCUGGUAGACCGGGCUUUCCAGGCUCCGUCGAUGUUCGUGAUCGAACGGUCUGCCGACUGCUGCACGGUAGUCUCGGGGAUUUGCAGUGCAACAGAGCGUGACACCAAUCCAGCAGAGCAGAAGCCUCAAACACCAAUCGUAACAUCCAGCAGCAGCGGUGGGAUCGCCAAUCAUCGCCAGCAAACCCCUGACUUCAGCUUAAGUUCCCAGGUUCUGCCGGGGGCGAUAGAGGACGACGGGGCUGAUCUCUCACCUCGCCCGCGGUCAGAAGCGUGCACACCUGCUGGUGUAGGGAGUGCUCGUCGUGGCAAUGCUGCACUGCAUCAAGAUGCUGCAGUGCAAUGUGCCACGUCCAUGGCAAUGAGCAGUCUGCGGCUGCUGGAGUCCAGCGUCAGCGUCAACAUUCCAGGCCCGAAGACGGAGGCCAAUCACGGCCAGCUGCAGCUGAGGAUUGCGCUGCACUCGGGCAGCAUCCAUGCUGGUGUGGUCGGCGUCACUCAACACAGCACUGGCCUGCCACCUGAUCAGCUGCAGCAUGCUACGCCGGUACCACGCCUGCACGUCUUCGGCAACACCUACAGUGAAGCUUUGAAACUUCGUGACACCUCUCUGGCACUACAAAUACGCGUGAGUCAGAGAUUCCGUGAGCUGAUCCUCGCCUCUCAUUCAAAAUUUGUCCUUGAGCAGUGUCCAGAUUUCCAGUCAUCCACCGGUGGUGCUGCAAGUAGUGCGCUUCAGCACACGUACUGGCUUGUCGGCACGGAGGACACCGAUGUUGGUUUGCCACCAUUGGACAGAGCUGUAUCCCUUGGCAACUAUGAUGAUCUGUGAACAUGCACCAUACAGUUCUGUGGCGUUCAAUUUUGUUGAGUUUAUAACAUCAGACGCGCAGAGGUGUGUCUGAUGCGAUUAUGUGAUGCACAUACAUGUAAAGUUACAUGUGUGUGUAUGUGUGUGUGUGUGCGUGUGUGUGUGUGUGUGUGUGUGUGUGUGUGUGUAUGAAACACGCUUGAUUCACUCUGUUGACUCGCUACUGCUGCAUCUUAUUACAAAGGCAUGUUUAUGGUGCACGGUGCACCUGGAGUGCUGGCAUAAUCAUCUGCUAGGUUUCCCACUGAUAAUGGCACAGAGCUGAGGGAUGUUUCUUUUUCAAUUAUAUUUCUUCGAUCCGUUUGCGUGAUCAGCAUCCGAUUCUGAAGACAUAGGACAUGUUGAUCGAGA